AUGGCUGGGGUGGUCAAGGCCAUACAGCGCAGAAAGUCGACAGGUAUUAUCCUCGCCAACAUGGGCGAGUCAUACUGGUCCCCAGAACACAAGCGGGCCAUUACUGUGGUGGACAGCAGGGCUCUAUCGAUGCCCAGCCUGGUGCAUAUGGGCGUUCAAUAUCAUCCGCAAGUCAACGACAUUCCAGGCUCCGAGAGCCCCUUGUGUCAUGCGCGGACUGUUCUGAGCACAAUCGUUGCCAAGAACGCGAACAAGAAUGCCAAGAUCAACAUUAUUGCCGCAGGAGAUAGCUGCGAGGUCAUCGCUUCUCUCCUGGACGAGGAGAAGACCUGGGCAGAAUGGGGUCCAUCUCUUCAGGGCGCCUUGUUCUUCUGCCCUGCAUUCUACCUUGAUACAAAGCAGGCAGGCCUGAAAGAUUUCCUUGCAAAGAAAUCAAGAGGCUAUUCAACUUCGGAGAAACCUCUCGGCACACCUCUGUCCGGUCCGGAGGGCAACUCCACAGAACGGAUACCGCCGCUUGGCUUCCCUUGCUACUCUACUGGAGAGCAAAGUCUCGACGAGCUUUGUGUCAUUAGCGCACUGGAGCAUGGACUGUCUUACCUUGACGAGGUGGCAAACAUACCGGAUUACGAAAACCCGGCCGUCACCAUUGUCGAACGUGCAACGGCCGAGGAGGCGGUAAACGCGUGGGAUGAGCUCUCUCCAGACCAGAAGCCGAUGAUCAGUGCUAUGGACGAGAAUCAGCUACAGGAGCAGGUGAAGAAUAUUCGCAGAAUGAGAUAUUUUGCGAAGACUGGGCAUGUCCCCGACAGUGAUGAUGAAUUUGACAUGAAGGACGAGGCGGCCGGGAGUAGUCUGCCAGUUCAGCCUUGGGAGGAAGCGUCUCCGAGACUUACUUGA